AUCUACUGUUGUUACAUACACUGUGCCCAAUGUAUAUGGUGCAUCGCGAUCGGCGACAAAGAGAUAGAAACGGCGGCGUGCAGCUCUUGCAGUUGUACAUUUUCGUUUCCCAAUUUUACACUACUAAAUUUUCCGGCUUGGUAAUACGUAUUUGUGUUCACUCUUUUUUCACUUUCUGCGAAUUUCCUUUCGACUUAUCCUCGAUUAACGAAUUGCCGAACGGCAAGACGCCAUAACCUAUAAUCUGCAGACUAACAGUCAUUGCCUGUGCUCGAUUUUACCGGCGCGAUAAUGGCAAUGAACGAAGACUUCAAUUUCAAUGAGCUUUGCAGGCUCUGCUCAUUGAAAGGCAAUCAUACAUUGCAAAUAUUCGACAAGGAAGGUGAACAUCGGAAUUUGCUCUUUAAAAUACACUCCUGCAUUCCCGCCGUGAUAACAAAAGAAGAUGCGCUACCAAAAUAUGUCUGCCAAAGGUGUGUUAACAAGAUAGACAUGUUCUUUGAGUUCCGUGCCACCUGUAUAGCUACAAGCUCAGCGCUGAAGAAUUACGCUGAUAGUAUAAAACACCUCACUGCAGCAGUGAAUAAUCAGGGCACAGACAAAGACAAAAUGUCAAACAACGGGCAACAACAGCAACGCUCGUCCUAUGUGGAAGCUCACGCUGCGGCGCACGCAGCAUUGCAGCAGCACAUGGCCCAACAGGCCGCACAAGCGAGGUUAACUGGACCUGGACCGCCGACGGCCCCGCAACCUUCGAACCCUACGUUUACUUUGCCAGACGACGGACUUGGUUAUGAUGACGGAGUGCGAGUACUACGUUCCAUCGGCACGUGGUCACCAGAUUAUACUGCCGCGAUGCGUCCCGGUGGUGUGAUGCCGACGUUUCCUAGCGCAACUGAGCCGCAGUUUGCAAGUAGAGCCCCAGUGGUAAAUCAGCCCUUACGAACAACAAACAAUGUACAGGUUCGGCCAGGUUCCGUUUCAAAAGCAACUAACACAGGCGAAUCUACGACAAAAGCAUUUGCUUGUACUGUGUGUGGAAAAGGACUCGCACGUAAAGAUAAACUCGUCAUACAUAUGCGUAUACACACUGGGGAAAAACCAUAUACUUGUGAAGUGUGCGGAAAAGCAUUUUCACGUCGAGAUAAAUUGGUCAUUCACAUGAACAAACUUAGACACAGACCCGGCGCUACACCUCUAUCGACGCCUACUGCACCCAGCUCCAAUCAACAGCAUCAACAGCAGCAGCAACAACCACAGCAGCAGCAACAAGCGCCACCUCGUCAGGAUACUAUUCAUAAACCGAAGGAAGAGCCAGUUAAUUUGGCCUGUGAUGUAUGCGGGCGAUCGCUUUCCAGCAGAGAAGAGUGGAUGCAACAUGCUCGAUCACAUCUAGAUGUGUCCGCGCCACCACAGCACGCCGCUCAUUAUUUCACUGGAUCUGCGCCGCCACCACAGCCCUAUUCUUCUGAGAGGCACUUUUGUUUAGUGUGCCGUACCGACUUCACGGACAAGACCGAAUUCAUGUUCCACGUGCGCACGCACUUUGGAGUGUCGCAAGCAGCGCCACAACAGCAAGGUGGCGCGAACGGUAAACAAGGCAGCGAUCCAGCGGGAGGCGAUCUCAUGUCCCGUGGACUCGUUAAUCCCAAUGGCAUAUGCAGCUAGAAUUACUCCUCCUGCCAUUACGUACCGUCGAUCCGUGUCUUACCAUAGUACAAGUUCUCUGCUCCAUCUCGACCAGACCUUUCACAUUAGGAUGUCAUGGGUUUUGUGAUUGUAAUGAUAUAUACUGAUUUGUCGAUAACAGAUACACAGUAGUACGAUCAGCAACGCGAAGAUGAGUGAACCGACAUGUUAUUCGUUUACCCAAGUAACAAUUUCUAUAUAUAAUAUACAGUGUAACUAUGCAACAUUGAUUCUUUUAUAUGAUUCUUUUAUGUUUGUAAGAGUAUUUUAUAAAAUUUCUAUUAGAAGCCUUUUAUUAGUGAAUUUGUAAUAAUAACUGUUGCAUGAAAUAACAACUUAGUUUUGUUAUACAGCACUCGCUGUACAACAGCAAUUUAUUUAAACGUUUUAACAGUUGAUAUUCGUAUCAAAUUAUUAAUCGUUUUAAUAGUUGAUAUUCGUAUAAAAUUAUUAGUUUGUAAAUUUGCACGAAUGCAAUCGUUUUCUGGAACCUUGAUUCGAACUGUACAACAAAAAUAUUGUGUUAUUCGAAUUUUAACUAAACUUUUCAUUUUAAAUAUAUGAUAUAAUACAGUUUGAAUUAAACAAUUAUGUUACUUUUCAAUGAAGUAUGUUUUGAUUAUCUUACUUCAUAUAACUAAUAUUACAAAAAUAGUAAUUUAUCCACAUUAUAACACACUGGACAUAUCAUGGACGACAUUUUAUGAAGCUAUUAAUUUCGAGAAUACUACUGUGUAUCGUAAGGUGAUGUAAAACCUACGUUAUCAAGAAAACGAAAUUUAAGUACUGACGCGAUAUGGUAAUAGAGUGCACUAUUGCGUCAGUAUUUAAAAACAAUUACUUAGUAGUAAACGUUCCUACAUAGCUAGCUUCCCGUUAUUUGUAGAUACCAGUAGUAUCUCUGACGUAAAAGUUUGUUCUCAAUGCUAUUAUAUUUUUUACAUGCAUAUGUCUGUAUGUUUGGUCAACGCAUUGUAACGUUAUUAUUUAGAGAAUUUAUUAUUUCGAUGCUAUCGUUUCUUGGAACAAACAUGUAUCGAAAUUAUAUGAGAGAGAUAACAAGAUCGAAUAUUAAGAUUGAGUAAAUUAGAAUUCCAUGUGUUAAUGUAAUUCAAGUACGAGAUAAUGAUACAGGUGAUACAGUGAACAUGAGCAUUUCGAUAUUCGGUUUAUAUUAAAAUCAUUUUUAACCUGUAAAGAAUGUGUUUAUAUAUUUAUCACAUUAAGCAUUUAUAACUUCGCGUUUGAUUCGUAUUGACACAUAAUUUAUGUUGUUUCAUCUUUAGAUUCAUGUCAAUUAUUAAUAUGUACAAUUAAUUGAUUAAUCGAUAUGUAUUAAUUUGUUUUAAAACAAAUUAAUCAUAUUUUAUAUUAAGUUUGUUUAAAUUCAGUUUAUGUCAAAUAUUGACAAUUCAUCUGUAUAUGUUGAGACGCUUUAACGUCUCAUACGGUUAUUUGGUCAAAACUUUAUUAUUUUCCAAAGACAGUGGCCUAUAUUCUCGAUCCUCUAUUGUCUAUAAAAAAGGUUUAAGGCUUUUAAAAAAGUCUUAAGAGUCACCUGAUUGGUUGAGAAGCUAUAUUCAAGGCACUUUUGUCGAUAAAAGAAGGUUCAGAAUAUGGGCCAGUGUGUUUUGAAUGCAUUGUCCGUUUGUAUACCAAACUUAGAUUGCCGCUAUGGUAUAGCAUAAGUAUUUGCGGAAAGUCAUGCAAUUCGUAAAAAACGAAGCUUGUGCUAAAAAUAACCUAAGGAGGUUCUAGCGUUUAACUAAAUAAAAGAUAAAUAUCUAUAAUACAUAUAUAGUACAAAAGUUAAUUUUGUUUAAUUUUGUUUAAUACAUUAAUAAUGGAAAACAAAUUCGCAUAAUCUUUUCUAUAUUAUUUUUUAGAUUUUUAUAUUGUGCAAAUAUGUUUUAGAACCUCAUAAUACAACAAAUUUAUUUUAAUUUGACAUAUAUGAAUACGAUAGAUUUAUUCUAAUUUGACAUAUUAUAGAAAUUUAACAAACUUUCUCAGUAAUAAGAUGAAUAUUUAAACAUAUUUUAGUGGCCAUACAAAUUAUUGUUAAAUUGAAGAAAAAAUUCGAUUUUUCUCGAUGAACAUAUUCAUGAAAUUGACAACAUAUAAGGAAACAUUCCAACAUAACAUAUAUGAUAAGUUAGCGUUAGAUUUGACAUAACUUCAAAUGUCAUUUCUAUAUUUAUUAUUCAUUUUAAUAUAUCUUUGCAUUUCUAAUUCAAAUUAAACUGAUCAUUUAUCAAAUAAACUAACGAAUACAUUUUAUAUCCAUAUGUUUUUUCUUACAAUUGGUAUUGACAUCAAUGAAAACACAAUUUUUAUCUUAUCACUUAAAACUUGGUAACUUAAAAAAAAAUGAUAACAAUAUUAUAACAUUCACGAAUGUUAUCUCACUAAUGUUGUUGCAAAAUUAUCUUAAUUAUUUUAAAUAAUUUUAUUAAUAAAAUAUUAGUUGAUUUGGAAAUAGCGUUAGAAUCUCCUUAAAGCGGCAAAUGCUUUAAUUAUGAGCGAAAAGGGAAAAAUAUUCGGAGCAUUCUUUGAAGCUAGUAUACCUCUUUCUUCAACGUCUUUUAUACGAUAUCCGAAACAAAAAUGACGUUCAGAACUAUUGUAUUAUUAAUCGGCUUUAGUGCGAAUAGGAGAUUGUUUAUUGCUGUUUUUUUCUGAUCUUGACGUGCUUAUCUUUUAUUGUUACUAUUAUCCUUGUUACCUGAAGUGUAAUGAACUACAUAUAUUUAGUCAGGAAUCCACGUUUUUAUCUAAUUAUUUCAUGUACGAGAAUGUGUUUUUCAAACGGUCAUAAUUGAAUAUGAAUUACUUAUGAGAUUAUGCAUAUGUAAACACUAAUACUGUGUGAUGAGACACGAAGAAAGCUCCCACUUUUUCGAACUUUGCUCCCAUAUAUUUUAUCUCAAUUUUAGAUAACGAGUUUCGCGAUUGUGUAUGAAUGAGGAGACAAUUUCAUCGUUAUAUAAGGAACGUGAAAAAAUAUAGAUAUACAUAUAUAUUCACCAUCGCAACAGGAACUUAGCGACAAUAAUCGUUCGAGUUUCGUUUCGGAAGCCGAAUACGUGCGUCAGCGUAUCGACAUACAUUCAGGCGUCUUUAAAUGUGAAUUUGCAUUGUGAACAAAUCUUCCAGAAGAAGAAAAAAGUCCGAUGGGAUCCGCUUGUUACGGCGCUUAAACUUUUUCUCGUCUACCUAGGAAGUAGUAUCCUAUAAGAUUAAUCAAUAAAAAACGCGCUAAGGAUGCGAGACUGCCGUGCCUCCUGCCCCACGUACAAAACCGCUUCCGGGUUGUUUUCCAUUCAACGAUCGCUUUUAGGACGACCGUGCCUGCGUGAUGCGAAUCAAAAGAGGGAAAAAAAUAGAGAAAAAGAAAAAAGAAAGAAAAGUCGGAGCCUAAUGCUGAGCGUAUAUUUUGUGUAACAUUUACAACUACGUCAUAGAAAUAAUCACCGCGACAAUAGCGACUGUCUUUAGACUACCGUGCGCCUGACUAAUUACGGGGACAUUUCGAGUUUUUUACCUAAACUUACAUCCCUUUAACGUAGUGAGAUUAGUAGAAUAGUCUCGUGCGCUUGGUGCCAGGCCGAUUUUACUUUGCGACAUUUGUAUCGUUUGUCUGUAUCGUGUGCGUGGUAGUUGGUGUGUGCAUAUUGAUACAAAAGUGCAAUCAAAUUCGAAUCAAUGCCUUUGGAGUUAACCGAUGCUCGCAGUUUAGGAGGAUAGUCUACACUCACUUGCUAAUCAAUCAUGAUUAAGCCUAUCGUUGGUAGAGUUUUGUGGAGAGCAUUGGAGUGCGUCUCCGAGCUAGCGGGAGUGAGAGCCACGCUUGUCGUUCCGUGACGAUGUGCGUUGGUUCGCGCUGUGCUCUCUCGACUUGGAUUUGUUUUUCUCGAGGAAAUUUUUGUACAGAAAGGGAAAAGAAUAGAAAGAAAAAGAAAACGUCGCGCGUCCGAGUCAAACGCUGAUUUUCGUGGCGGUGAUGUGACGCGCUCUCGCGCGCUGAAGAUUCGGAAGAAUAGACGUAUAGUGCCUUUUCUCUGGGACUUAUCCACACCAUCGUCAUCGUUUGAAUUCACGUGUAGGGAGGCACACCGGCAUAAAUAAAAUAUUGGAAUAAGUUAGACGUAUAGGUAAGACGGCGUACAUUUGAUUCUUUUCGUUCUUCCGUUACGAGGAGUGAAUGUUUGAUGCCACUGCCUCUAUAGCAGCUGUUUUAGACUACUUUUAUACUGUUGAUGUCACGCGCAGCUAAUCAGAGUCACAGUAUAUUACUGCCAUAAUUAUGGAACAGAAUGUAUACUCAAUAUACCUUUAUAAAUAAAAGAUGACCAAAAUGAAAA